AGCCACACUGGAAACCAGUGCUAGUCUCACUAUUGCUCGGCGUGUAUCGAGUAAGCUCACGACGAUCUGUUUGCUCAGUGAACGAUCUACAACGAUCAGUGGUCACAACAGUGUCUACGAAUGAAACGACGCUUUGCACAGACAGUAUCAUCAACAGCUUUUUCUGCGUGCUAUCUCUCUGCAAAAAUCUAACCACAACAGAUUUGUUUUGGUUUUUUUUUAUAAAUAAUAACUACAUAUAAUAAGUUAUACGUUUUACUAAACUUUUUUUAUCAAAAUGGAUAUGGGACAUACGCAUGGUAAUGAUACAUCGGCAGACAUAGCUUCUUGCCCUAUGAUAAUGGUGUUCCAUGGCGGACAUUGUGAGCGCAUUCUUUGGAGGAAUUGGGUUGCCAGUACCUAUGUAGAAUUCGCACUAUCUUGCUUAGCAUUCGUUGUAAUGGGUAUUCUCUAUGAAACAUUGAAAUUUUUGCGCCAACAACUGAUCAAGCGGGCUGUCCGAAAAGAAGCCGAAGGCGCAACUUUGGACUUGCAGUUAAAUCAGAGCGCUGAUAAUUCAUCAGGGCCGAUGAAGUAUAGUUCUAGAAUAGCUUUAGCCGAAAUACGAGUAACAUCGAAAACAUAUUGGCGAUUUCUUGUAACAUCGACGCACAUCAUAACAUCGCUGUUAUUUCUUAUACAAGUCGCUCUCUCUUAUGUGUUAAUGUUAGUUUUCAUGAAUUAUAACUAUUGGUUAUGUUUGUCAGUCGUUUUAGGAUUAGGUUUGGGAUAUUUCUUUUUUGGUUGGAGCCAACAUGAUGCUUAUGAUAAUGAUUGUUGUCAUUAGAAAAUAUGUAUUUCAAAAUAAUCUGUAACAAAAUAUACUCUACACAAGAAUAAAUAACUGCAAAUUACUAACAAUAAUUUUUAGAAACAUGUACGUAUGUAUAUAGGUGAAUUGGCGAUUUUUUACGUUUUAUGUCCAUAUGUAUUAAGCAUGUACUCGUAUUUGAAUUUAUAAUAUUUAGUAUAAGAAAGUGUCUCUACUCUAAAUUUUACACUCAAAAAAUUUUAAUAAAUAAUUUUGAUCUUCAACUAAACAAGUAAU